AUGCAGCAUACACAGAAUAACGAUGGAGACAGUCACGACAUUGAACACUCAGCCAAUCGCCGCUCCUCAACGUCCGCAAUGUACAAUUUGGAAACUUUCCACAGCUUCUUGAAGUCUCCUAAUUGUAAAACUAUCCUUGCAUUGGUCGGAGCAGGACUGUCUGCUUCUUCCGGACUAUCGACGUUCCGCGGAUCUGGCGGACUGUGGAAGAAAUACAACGCCAUCGACUUGGCCACUCCCGAUGCUUUCCUGGACGAUCCUGGCCUGGUUUGGCAGUUCUACGCCUACAGACGGCAUAGAGCAUUGAUCGCCAGCCCAAACCCGGGCCAUUACGCAUUAUCUGCUCUGAGUACCUCAACAGAGAUUAAUUUUCUUACAAUUACACAGAACGUUGACGGAUUGUCCCAACGAAGCAAUCAUGAACCCAGCAAGUUGUUAGAAUUUCAUGGAUCGCUUUUCGGCCUGAGAUGUACCAACUUCAGUUGCUCGUAUCAGGAAAAAAACAACUAUGACGACCCGUUGUGUGAUGCAUUGGAAGUGGACAAGUUCCAAGAUUUGGAUCAGUUGCCGUACGUCGAAGAGAAAGACCUUCCGCAUUGUCCAGCCUGUCAAGAAGGACUUUUGAGACCCGCAGUGGUGUGGUUCGGAGAGUCUUUACCGCUUCAGAUGAUCGACAAGGCUGACGAGUUCAUUGUGCGAAACACCGUGGACCUGAUCCUGGUGAUUGGAACCUCCAGAGUGGUCUGGCCUGCUGCUUCGUAUGUGGAUAUAGUGAGGAACCAAGGUGGAAAAGUGGCCAUCUUCAACACAGAAAGCGACGAAUAUGACGAUGAUUGCUGGGAGUUUAUUGGAGACAGCGCAGAAACGUUACCGCAGGCCUUGGAGCCCUUGAUUGGCAAGAUCAGCCCAGAUAUCUCCAAAUCAGGUACAUGA